AUGUUUCCACCGAAACUUCUUUUAGCUUUCUUGCUGGUGUGCUCAUUAUCUGCAGUGUACUCUACAAUCGAUAGUGGAAGCCCAAGCGAUCCAAGAUGUAAUAAAUGCAACGGACCAACUGAAGAAAGAGAGUUCGAAGUGGAAGCACUGGGAGUUUUUGGAGAUGGAGUGUUUGAAACUGACAUCGUUGCAGAUGAUAAUUUCUACUUGGAUGGUACAUUUGUACACAAAAAGACGCUAUCACCAGAGCUACCGGUUCUUCUUCAAUUGGUCAGAGAUUCAGACAAGUCCAUGAUGGGAACGUUUUCCGACACUCUUCAAGGAGUUAUUGACAAAAAUCCAGGAGUAAUAUCUAACCUCAACUGUUUUCUCAACCGAGCAAUUCGUUUGCCGAUGAAUCCAGAGAAGGAACCUCUCAAGAUAAGUGGUCCAAUUUUCCCAAAAAAUUUUCCAUGCGGUUUCGCCCCAGGACCGUAUACUCUCUACAUGUUUCAGAAAGUACCGGACGACGAAGAACUGAAU